AAUAAGGAAAGAAGUUGGAGACAGGAGAUAUGGAGAGACAGACACGCGCAGUGUACUCACGACCUCUUCAAAUGGGCAAAAAGCACUAGGGGCUGGGUAGUGGGCACAACACAACACAAAUAAUAAAAACGUGAUUUUUCAUUCGUGUUGGUUCUGGGAAAGUGGAAUUGUUGAAUAGUGACUAAGGAAUUGGAUCUGAUCUGAUCUGAUCUGGUCUGUGUGUUGGAGAGAGAUGUCAAGGGGGAGAUCUGAUUCGGGAGGGUGGUUAAGGGGCUGUUUGGUGUUGUUCGCAGUAGUGUCGGCGUUGGUAGUGUGUGGCCCUGCCUUGUACUGGCGUUUCAAGAACAAAAUCACUCUCCGCAAUUCCCACACCAAACUCUCUUGCCCUCCCUGCAUCUGUGACUGCCCUCCCCCUCUCUCCCUCUUCCAACUCGCUCCUGGGUUGGCCAAUCUCUCUGUCUCAGAUUGCGGGAGCAAUGACCCGGAUCUAAAGGAGGAGAUGGAGAAGCAGUUUGUGGACCUUCUGAGUGAGGAGCUGAAGUUGCAAGAGUCUGUUACCGAAGCCAACACGCGGCACAUGAACAUAACAUUGGCAGAAGCGAAAAGGGUCGCGUCUCAGUACCAGAGAGAGGCCGACAAAUGCAUUGCUGCAACUGAAACAUGUGAGCAGGCAAGAGAAAGAGCUGAGGCCAUUCUCACCAAGGAGAGAAAGUUGACUUUGGUGUGGGAGCGACGGGCUCGUCAAAUGGGAUGGGAAGGAGGAGAAUAACUGCAUAAGUUUUGUUAUUUAUAUUCUUUAUGGUUAUAAUCAUGAUCAUGAUUUAUACAAGCAUACAAGCAAAAUGCUUGAGUUGUCAACAACCAAUUUAGGUUAAAAUUAAUAUCCUAAUGUGUUUGUAACUGUAUUUCAUAUAUGCUAGUAUCAAACAAUUUUUACCUCACAGAUCAUACCAAUGCCAUAGCAUGCACCAUUAGUCUGUUACCACUGCUCAGUUUCCUGGGCGUUUAAAACUGGUCAAAUAUGUUGAUGGACUUUAUGAUAUUAUACACUAUAUUUAGCUCUGUUUUCACACUAA